GGUUAUCACACGCACCAGCACACGCACCAGCACCACCACUGUGACAUUUGACGCAUGCUGCUCCUGCUGCUGCAUCAUCAUCAUUAUUUUCAUCAUCAUCAUCUAGUGUUAAUGCGCACCGGGCAAAUCGACACUCCACACAGACCCCACGACGUUGCGCUGCUGCCGUGAUCUGACCAUCGAAGUGUGGGGGUGCUGGUGGUGGUGGUGCAAUCGUCUGUUCGAGGUCAUUCAGCGCGGACCCCCCUCGCUCUGCUUGCGCCCCCACAACGCGGGGAAGAGGCCAGGGGGGGCCGGGGCCGGAGGUGUUGGGGAGCUUUUCACUGGCGAUGUCGACGCCGCGGCUGCCGAUCCUCCUGCUGCUGCUGCUGGGGGUGCAGGCGGCGGGCAGCAGCAGCCCCCCCUCGGCCGGAGCUGCGGGAGGCGCAGUGCGCGGAUGUCCCCGCGCCGCGUGCAUCUACGGCCGCUGCGUGGGCAGCGCGUGCGUGUGCGACCGCGGCUGGGUGGGAGACCAGUGCCAGCACUGCGCAGGGCGCUUCAAACUGACGGAGCCUUCGGGGAUGAUCACAGACGGCCCCAACAAAUACAAGUACAAGACGAAGUGCACUUGGCUCAUCGAGGGCUUCCCGAACGCCGUGCUGCGGCUUCGCUUCAACCACUUUGCAACCGAGUGCAGCUGGGACCACAUGUACGUGUACGACGGCGACUCCAUCUACUCCCCGCUGCUCGCUGCGUUCAGCGGACUGAUUGUACCGGAGGCACGACGCAAUGAAACCGUCCCCGAGGUGGUGGCCACUUCGGGGUUCGUGUUCCUGCACUUCUUCAGUGACGCUGCCUACAACCUCACGGGCUUCAACAUCUCCUACUCGAUGAACAGUUGCCCCAACAAUUGUUCAGGCCAUGGACGGUGCGUGGCAUAUGGGCCCCAGAGACGAGUGACUUGCCAGUGCGAGCGUGGCUGGAAGGGUGAGGCCUGUGACUUCCCCUACUGCAACAAGGACUGCGGAGCCCCGCACCGCGGCCAUUGCGAGCGGCAGCACCAGCGAGGCUGCGUGUGCCAGCCUGGAUGGCAAGGCCCAGACUGCUCCCUGGAAGACCCCUCGGAGGAGGCAUACUGGCUCAUGCCGGACGUGACGCCACCUCGCCCGCUGCCCCGACGUGCCUCGCACAAGGCCGUGGUGCUGGGCGACUACAUGUGGGUUGUGGGCGGUUACACCUUCAACUACACUGCCUUCCACAUGGUGACCAGGUACAAUCUUCGGAAGCACAUGUGGGACCCUCUUCCUGACAGGAAGACAGGCCCUAGCCAACGCUACGGACACUCUCUUGCUUCCCAUCAGAGCGGCAUCUACAUGUACGGGGGAAGAGUGGAAGCUUCGAGCGGGAACGUGAGCAGCGAGCUGUGGUGGCUGGACGUCACCACGCUGGCGUGGACGCGGCUGGUGCCUCAAGUGGCGCCGGGGCCCCGCCGGCAGCAGUUUGCCGUGGUGGGGCAUUCGGCACACAUCGUGCCGCUGAGUGCCGGCACCUCCGUGAUGCUCGUCUUCUUCGGACACUGCCCCACCCACGGCUACGUCAACUUUGUGCAGGAGUACAACUUGAACAGCGGUAGCUGGCGUAUUCUGGAGUCCAGUGGUGCACGGGUGCAGGGCAUGUAUGGGCACAGCAGUGCCUUUGACCCCAGCACGCACGCCAUCUACAUCCACGGGGGCUACAAGGCAUUCAGCCCCAACAAAUACGGCCUGGUCGACGACCUCUACAAGUACAACGUCGACACGCGCACCUGGAUGGUACUCAAGGACAGUGGCUUCUUCCGCUUUCUCCACUCGUCCGUGGUGAUUGGAGGCACCGUGCUGCUGUUCGGAGGCAACGCUCACAACGACACGUCCAUGAGUAACGGCGCGCGCUGCUUCUCCGCCGACUUCCUGGCCUACGACAUUGCUUCUGACGAGUGGACCGUGCUUCCCAAGCCUAACCUGCAUCGCGAUGUCAACCGCUUCGGCCAUUCCGCCGUCGUGAGCAACGGGUCCAUGUACAUCUUUGGGGGAUUCAACAGCCUGAUGCUGGGCGAUGUGCUGGAGUACCGUCCCCCGGGGUGUGGGGCGCAACGCAACCAACACGCGUGCCUGUCCACUCACCCCGGCGUGCGCUGCCUCUGGCUGCAGGAGCGCUGCGUCUCCUGGGAGGAGGGAUAUGCAAGCGCACCACCCGAGCAGCUGUACCGCAUCAACCACACGCGGCCAUCGCUGGACGACGAGCGGUGCGACAAAUACACGGACUGCGCCAGCUGCACCUCCAACACCAACGGCUGCUUGUGGUGCGAUGACCAGUGCAUCUCGGACAGCAGCAACUGCACGGAGGGUGAAGCGGUGAUGAACCUCACAGAGUGCGUGCCCAGCACGGAGGAAGUGUGCAACAAGCUGACGAGCUGCACCACCUGCCUGCUCGAGUCCAACUGCCAGUGGGAUGCCAAGGAACAGGAGUGCACCACUAUUGCAGCGCACCUGUGCGGCGAGCGCUGGAUGCGCGUGGGCGCCCAGUGUCUCCGCGUGCUGCCCGAGGCGGUGAGCAACGACGACGCCAAGCUGCAGUGCUACAACGAGCACGCGGCGCUCGCGUCGCUCACCUCGCAGCGUCACGUCGACUUCCUGCUCGCGUCCCUGCGCCGGGAUCAUCCACAGCUGACUCCCUGGGUGGGGCUGCGGAAGAUUAACGUCUCCUACUGGUCUUGGGACGACAUGUCACCUUUUGCCAACUCCAGUCUGCAGUGGCUCCCGAGGGAACCGAGCGACUCUGGAUUCUGUGCCUAUUUGGACCAAUCGACCAUCGCUGGGCUCCGCGCCCACCCCUGCACUAGCAAGGUGUUUGGCGCUGUGUGCCAGAAGACCCUUGUGCAUCCAACUCCCUCGUCGCUGCGCUGCCGGCCUCCGUGCGCGCUGCGUCGCACCUGCGGGGAGUGCACCAGCAGUGGCUCCGAGUGCAUGUGGUGCAGCAACGCCAAGCGCUGCGUCGAGUCGCACGCCUACGUGCCGUCCUUCCCCUACGGCCAGUGCAUGGAGUGGAACACCGCCAACACGUGCCCACCGGAGAGCUGCGCCGGCCACCGCACGUGCAGCCGCUGCCUCGACGAGCCGGGGUGCGGCUGGUGCAACGACGCGAGCCGCACGGGCCGCGGCCUGUGCCUGGAGGGCUCGUCGCGAGGCCCGCUGCGCUUGGGCAGCGCCCCGGGCGCCGACUCCGCCGUGGACCCGGCGCUGUGCCGCGCCGACCACGGCCACGAGUGGGCCUUCAUACAGUGCCCACCCUGCCAGUGCAAUGGACACAGCAACUGUGUCAACGGCAGCCUGUGUGAGAGCUGCCAGGAGCUGACGACGGGCAAGCACUGCGAGACCUGCAUGUUCGGCUACUACGGAGACGCCACCAACGGAGGGAAAUGUCAGGAGUGUUUUUGCAACGGUCAUGCGACCAACUGCAACCCACUGACGGGGAAGUGCUUCUGUACCACCAAAGGCAUCCGUGGAGACCAGUGUGAAGUGUGUGAGACGGAGAACCGCUACCUGGGCAAUUCCCUGAAGGGAACUUGCUACUACAAUCUAAUGGUCGACUAUCAGUUCACAUUCAGCCUCUCUCUGGAGGAAGACAGCCAUUACACCGCUAUCAACUUCAAGGCAAACCCUGAUGAGAACCGAGACAUGGACAUGUUUAUCAAUGCAUCGAAGAGCUUCAACCUCAACAUCACGUGGUCCUCGCGUUCCUCCGAGAGCGGAGAGGAGGUGGUGGUGGUCUCUCUCUUCAACAUCAAGGAGUACGAGGACAGUUUCUCGGACGAGCAGUACGACUUCGAGGAUAACCCCAACAUCACCUUCUACGUCUACGUCAGCAACUUCACAGCCCCCAUCUCCAUCCAGAUUUCCUUCUCGCAACGGAGUAACUUCAUGGAUCUGGUUCAGUUCUUCGUCACUUUCUUCAGCUGCUUCCUUUCCCUGCUGCUGCUGGCAGCCGUUGUGUGGAAGAUCAAGCACAGCUGCUGGGCAUCGCACAGGAGAGAGAUGCUGGUGCGUGAAAAGCAGCAGAUGGGAAGCCGCCCUGUUGCCUCUGUCAGCCUGGUGCUGCCCCUGCGGGAAGAGCCAUUCCUCACCUUCACGGAGCCAUUCCCGAUGCUGCCAAAGCCCAUCGCCCUGCAGCCUUGUACCGACAACCGCGCCACCAUCGUCUCCAUCGCUAUAAUGCUGCCACACGGACUCAACAAUGCACCGCCCCCUGGACAGUCGGGGUUGGCGGUGGGCAGUGCCUUGAUUGAUCUGUUGCAUCAACGCGCAGCUGAAGGCAGGGAAAAGGCGCCGGCCGCGCGAAGCCGCAAGCACCAAGUGUUGUGAACCAUGCUCUGCACUCGUCGGCAAAGAUGAAAACCACUUUAGUACACUAUGUUUAAACUGCGGUCACGUGAGCGCUCAAAUCGAUACGAAGCUGCAUCAAUUCGUUCAAGGACCCAUUUGACAGCAAUGUGAUCUGCCAUGCUUGAUUCACAUGUAACCUCCGAUUAGCACGGUUGGCUACAUACGGUGCGAAAGAAGUUCAACAUACAUACGCACGUACAUACGCGAGGAUAAGGAACUGCUGAGAAACAGUACGCAACGCUGCAUUAGAACACGCAGGUUUUGAAUUGUGAUUCUGAAUGCCACCACGCGGAGCUGUCAGAGUUUGUGCUCAUGCCGAGAGUAAAUUGAGUGUGAAGAUGUGAGAGCUCAAGGAGCCGUGCAGGAAGCCUCGGCCGAGUUGUGUUUAUUUGCUCAUAUGCGACGUGCACAUAACCGUCAUGAGACGUACUUCAUAGUCUUAAUUUUUUCGGUAAAGUCACGUAGGUAAAAAAUGAAUUUUAAAUUAAUAAUUUAUUUUAUUUG